AUGAAGACCAGCAUCCUGUUUGUGUUCCUCUGGAGCUUAUCCUGUGCACUUCCAGUAGCCAGGUAUCAAAAUACUGACUCCAAGAGCUCCGAAGAAUGGAAGACUCAGCUGGCUCAGACACCAACUCCUCCCCUGGAGAGCAGUGAGUCAUCAGAAGAGAGUAAAAUUAGCUCAGAGGAACAGGAACACGAAGGGCCUAGUGAAAGCGCUGAAUCAGAGGAGGGCCUAAGUCCUGAUGAUCGCCAAUAUAUGUAUACACCAGCUGGUGGCCUCUCUAGAAGUGGAGGCAAAGAAGGCGAUGAUAAAGACAAUGAUGAAGAUGACAGUGGAGAUGACACUUUUGGUGAGGAGGACAAUGGCCUCGGCCCUGAAGAAGGACAAGGAGGAACUGCGAGGCUGGAAAGUGAUGAAAACUCUUCGGACGCCACAGAAUCCAAUGAAGAGAGCACCCCACGAGGGGAAGACAGUGCCCCCGAUACGACCAGUGAGAGCAGCGAGCGCAGUCAGGAAGGAGCGGACUCGCCCCCGGAGAGUGAGAGUGAGGAGCGCUGGUUGGGAGGCAACAGCGAAGGAGAUAGUAGCCGCGGGGAUGGCGCCGAGUUCGAGGAUGAAGGAAUGCAGAGUGAUGAUCCAGACAGCCUCCGGGGUGACAGAAGCAGCUCUCGAAUGAACAGCGCCCGUACCAAAUCCCAAGAACCCCAAGGCCACGGUGACCAGCAAGGCCGCACUCAGGUUUCAGAGGGCAGUCAGUCAAUGGACUACUCCAGUCGGAAACAUUUCAGGAAGUCUCGCAUUUCCGAAGAAGACGCCGGGCGUGCUCUUGAAGACAGCAACACCAUGGAAGAGGUCAAGAGUGACUCCGCAGAACACAGCAGCUCCAAGGGCGCUGACGUCGGCCCAUCGCAUGGGGACAGCCAGGCCGACUCUCAAGAAGACAGCGAGAGCGACAGCCCGUCCCAGGAAGACAGCCACACUGAGCAAGACCCCAGCAGUGAAUCCAGUGAAGAGGUGGACCUGCCAUCGCAAGAAAACAGCAGUGAGUCCCAGGAAGAGGGAGUGAGCGAGUCCCGGGGCGAUAACCCGGAUCAAACCCCCAGUAGUCAUUCGGAGGAAGCCCAGGAAGACAGCGAGCCCUGGAAUUCAGAAAGCGAGUCCACAGAGGACCAAGCUGACAGGGACUCCGACGAGAGCCUCAAAUCCUCGGAGGACAGCUCGGAGUCCGUGGAAGAUGAGAACAGCUCGAGCCAGGAGAGCCUCCAGUCUCAGAGUGACUCCGGAGAAAGCCAGAGUGACGAGAGCCAGGCGGAGCAGGACAGCCAGUCUGCAGAAGAGGGUGCCAGCGAUUCGCAGGACAGCAGCAGAUCCGCAGAAGACAGCAACUCCACUGAGAGCCGCUCCAGCAGCGAAGAAGAAAGCCAGUCUCAAAACAUUGAGCUGGAAAGCAGAAAGUUAACAGUCGAUGCCUAUCACAACAAACCCAUCGGGGAUCAAGAUGACAACGACUGCCAAGAUGGCUAUUAGCUCAACUUGACUUAGAAGCGGCUCUCCCAUAAAGAAACCUCGAGGAUUGGAGGCUAGGAAAUCAUCACAACUAUAAUUUAUUGAUCCUUUUAUGAAGAGGAUAACUGGAGGCCAUGUCUUUUGGA